AUGCAUAUUAUCAAGCCAGUUUGGCUGACCCAUGGAGGCGAACGGAAAGAUUUUGAGGUCUACAGCUGCGACGUCUCGCCCGAUGGAAAGAGACUUGUAACUGCGGCUGGAGAUGGACAUGUUCGGAUCUGGUCAACAGAGGCUAUCUACAAUGCUGCUGAUCCGCUGUAUGCGAACCAGCCACGCCAGCUGGCAUCCAUGAGUAAUCAUUCCGGUACCAUCCAUGCUGUGCGAUUCUCUCCUAACGGCAGAUAUGUUGCUUCUGGUGCGGAUGAUAAGAUUGUUUGCAUAUAUGUGUUGGAAUCCAACCCUCCGUCUCACGCAUCGACAUUUGGAACCAAUGAACCACCUCCGGUCGAGAACUGGCGGACCAUACGUAGAUUGAUAGGCCACGAUAACGAUGUCCAAGAUCUUGGCUGGUCCUAUGAUUCUUCUAUCCUUGUGUCUGUUGGCUUGGACUCUAAGGUUGUGGUGUGGUCUGGCCAUACGUUUGAGAAGCUGAAGACUAUUUCAAACCAUCAGAGUCACGUCAAGGGGAUUACGUUUGACCCAGCGAACAAAUAUUUUGCUACGGCGGGUGAUGAUCGAACCGUGCGAAUAUUCCGAUUCACUCCACCGGCCCCGAACUCUACCGCGCAUGACCAGAUGAACAACUUUGUUCUUGAACAAACCAUAUCCGCCCCCUUCGUCAACUCACCGUUGACAACUUACUUUCGGAGAUGUUCUUGGUCGCCAGAUGGCAACCAUAUUGCUGCCGCAAAUGCUGUGAAUGGUCCCGUCAGCUCCGUUGCAAUCGUCAACCGUGGAUCUUGGGAUGGGGAUAUCAAUUUAAUUGGACAUGAGGGACCUGUGGAGGUUUGCGCUUUCUCACCUAGACUAUACGAAUCACCGGGUUUGGGUAAGGUGUCUGCUGACAAGCACGGGCACCCAAUGCAUGCGCUUGUAACAGUCAUUGCGUGCGCUGGGGCUGAUAAAUCCCUCAGCGUGUGGAUCACAAGUAAUCCACGUCCGGUCGUAGUUGCGCAGGAACUAGCUGCUAAAGCAAUCUCAGAUCUUUCCUGGUCUCCGGAUGGGAAAUGCUUAUUUGCGACAGCCUUGGACGGCACGAUCCUUUGUGUCCGAUUUGAAAACGAUGAAUUGGGCAAGCCUAUGCCCUUAGAAGAGAAUGAGAAGUCCUUAACCAAGUUCGGCACGAAUAGGAGAGGUGCCGGCAUCGUUGAGUCUACAAAUGGCCUGUUACUGGAGGAGAAAAGCAAGGCUGGUGAAAUCAAGGGCGUCGAAGGCCGUAUGGGAGCUCUGAUGGGUGAUGGCCAUGCUUCUACUGACCAAGGCGUCAAUGGGACCUCUGUGAAUUUACCAUCCAAUGGAACCACACCUGCUGGAGCUUCCACACCUGUUGGUGGAGGUGCUGCCAGUGCUCAGAAGAGUCAACCCAAUGGACCAGUGAAUGGAAAUAGUGGAGAACAAGAUAAACGGGAUCCAUAUAUGGCCAAGUUAGAGAGACUCAAGCAGAGACCUACUUACACUAAGGAUGGAAAGAAGCGCAUUCAACCACUCCUUGUCUCCGGAGCGGGUGGUGCAGAGUCGUCUCUCCCGCAAUCACGGUUGGUAACAAGCAGUCAAGGAGAGAAGCUUGAAGGUCCCAACUCAAUCCUGGACCUUUCUAAACCAUUCGAUGGUCUUCCAAAAGGUGGUUUAGCAGCACUGUUGUUUGGGAAUAAGCGCAAGUUUGCGCAGAUCGAGGGUGACGAGGAGGGGACUGUUGAGAAGAGGGUAGCUGCGGCUUCUGAAAAUGGAGCUAUACCCAUUCUCGCGAAUUCACCAGAGGGUCUCCGGCCUGCGCAGCCAGGAGAUUCACGAGGUGGUCCUCAAUCUACACCCGAAUUUAUAAGACCUGCUGUGGUUAAUCCUUGUAUGGCCAUUAGCCAAUUGCGGCUAGCCGUGCCAAAGAUCAGAAGCCAUAUUUUGCAGGCGAUAGAUACGUCGGGGAACCCUUCUGCUGCUUCAGAUACACCAUCAGGCGCAACGAACUCAGGAACCCCACCUAGGCCCAAGGCGGAUAUCGUUUUCGAAGCUCGGAAUCCUCCUGCGUCUUCUGGUCGGCAUGUUGAUCGAGAACCUGUCCGAAUUACCCUUACGCGUGGCGAUCAGCCGCUGUGGCAGGAUUUUAUACCUAAAACAGUGCUUCUCGUUACGGGUAAUCGAAAACUGUGGGCUGCAGCAUCGGAAGACGGCUCUGUAUAUAUCUGGACACCAGCUGGACGGCGGCUUCUCAACGCACUUGUCCUGGAAGCCCAGCCUGUGAUUCUAGAGUGCAACGGACCUUGGGUCCUCUGCGUAAGCGCUGUGGGCAUGUGCUAUGUGUGGAACGUAAAAACUCUGUCCUCCCCACAUCCACCUGUCUCCCUCGCUCCGAUUUUAGAUGUGGCCGCGCACACCCUGGCACUCAAUGCUACCGUGGCUCCCGCAGUCAAUUCCGCGCGAUUAAAUUCCGAAGGCCGUAUAGUCGUCACGUUGUCCAAUGGAGACGGAUACAGCUACUCCCCCUCGUUAUAUUCCUGGCAACGGAUGUCCGAGAGCUGGUGGGCUGUUGGUAGCCAGUACUGGAACACCAAAGAUUCUUCCGUCGGGGAUCUGCAAUCCAUUACAACCUCCUCUGUAUCUUCUUCUGCCACUGCUGGUUCUGGUAACCGCCAAGAUGGUGAAGCACAACCACCGGUCUCUGCAGGGGUCAUCCCAUUCCUCGAACGAAACACUACAAACGAAACGCUAGGGCGAGGUCGUGGUUUCUUCCUGCAGCGCUUGGUCAAGAUGCUUCUAUCCCGUGAAGGCUUUGAGGGCUUUGAGGCCAGCGUCUCUGUCGCCCAUCUUGAAAAUCGCGUAGCUGCUGCACUCUCUCUUGGCGCCAAGGAGGAGUUCCGCCUCUAUCUUUCAAUGUAUGCUAAGCGCCUGGGGGCUGAGGGAGCGAAGAUGAAGGCUGAGGAGUUGCUGGAGAGCCUCCUCGGUGGAAUUUUUGAAGACGAGAAGAGUGAUGUUGAUGGGGAUAUGCGCGGUAGUGGAGAACCCACCAAGUCCAAGGAGUUAUCGCAAACUCAGGGUGGAAGCACAGACUCCGGAACUGGUACUUGGGUUAACGGCUCUGAUAAGCUUUGUGGAUGGCCAAGGAGAACGCUGUUGAACGAGGUGGUGUUGGCUUUGGGGAAACAUCGAGACCUCCAACGUGUCACCGUUCCGUAUGCCCAACUUCUGGGACUUCUCGAUGGCGAUCGGGAUCAGGAGCAGGCUCAAGAUCAGAGCCGGAAUCGAGAUGGGGAAGAUGCAAUGGUCACGUAA